AUGAGAGUUUUGAAAUCAAGAUUGAUAAUAGAAAUUAAUAAUAUAAUUCAACUUGUGUCAUAUCAACUGUGUUAUGCAUAUUCACAUAUGGUACAAAUUUUUCUGAGUGAUUUCUUUGGUACAAUGGCAGAUCAACGACAUAAUGAAAGUCAGGCCAAUUUGACCGAGGCGCUUGCCCGUUUUAAUCUAAUGGAAUCCAGAGUGACUCUCCUGGAGGAAUCGGUUGGCAGAGCAGUUGGGACUCUGAUGCCGAAAGUGGAUUCCUUGUUGUCUGUAGGGACAGUAGAUAUCUCAUCCGAAUCCGGAUCUUCUUCAAAUUCUACCACACUUCCCACGUCUCUACUUCAUUUGGCUGAACAAGGAGAUGGAGAAGCUCUGCUGCAGUUCCUGGCAGAUGAGCUAGUUCAUAUUCAAAGUUCUUUAGGGCGUACCAAGGAUGGGGAUACUGCGCUGCAUGUGGCUGCAAGUGGAGGACACGUGAAAGCCGUGGUGGUUCUUCUGGGCAUAGGGGCGAAGGUCAACGCUUCCGGCCACCGGCUGCGCACGCCGCUGCACUGCGCCGCCGCCCACGGCCACCUGGCGGUCGCCCAGCGCCUCCUGUUGGCCGGGGCGCAGGUCGACGCCAAAGACGCGGACGGCCACACGCCCCUAGGCCUCGCCGCAGGGCAGGGCAACAAGAACCUGGUGGUGCUGCUUCUGCAGAAGGGAGCGAAACCAAAUGGGAAAGACGUUUCCGUGGCUGGAGGAAAUGGUUAUUGGGAUUUAGUGGAAUUGUUUCUGCAAAACGGACAAUCUUUCGUUGAUUCGUGUAAUGAAGAGGGAGAUCCUUUAAUUGUGCUGGCUGCAAAAGCCAACCGUUGGGAAAUAAUACAAAUGCUGUUGGAGAAAGGGGCGUCUGCAACGAAGUGCAGAGACAGUGAUACAAUGGCAGAAAAUAUUGAAGAACAGGCCAGUUUGACUGUGGCGUUUGCCCGUUUGGAUGUAAUGGAAUCCAGGAUGACUCGCCUAGAAGAAUCUGUGAAUAGAGCAAUUGAGACCCUAAUGCCAAAAGUUGAUGCCUUGCUGUCUGGAAGGACAGCAGACUCAUCCGAAUCCGAAUCUUGUACUUCGAUUGCUUCUACCCUUCCCACAUCUAUAAUUAAUUUGGCAGAACAUGGGGACGCAGAAGCUCUGCUGGAGUUACUAGCAGUUGAGCAAGUUGAUUUUCAAAGUUCUACACAACUUACGGAAAAUGGAGAUACUGCGCUGCAUGUGGCUGCAAGUGGAGGACACGUGAAAGCCGUGGUGGUUCUUCUGGGCAUGGGGGCGAAGGUUAACGCUUCCGGCCACCGGCUGCGCACGCCGCUGCACUGCGCCGCCGCCCACGGCCACCUGGCGGUCGCCCAGCGCCUCCUGUUGGCCGGGGCGCAGGUCGACGCCAAAGACGCGGACGGCCACACGCCCCUAGGCCUCGCCGCAGGGCAGGGCAACAAGAACCUGGUGGUGCUGCUUCUGCAGAAGGGAGCGAAACCAAAUGAAAAAGACGUUUCCGUGGCUGGAGGAAAUGGUAAUUGGGAUUCGGUGGAAUUGUUUCUGCAGAACGAAGAAUUGUUCGUUGAUUUGUGUAAUAAAGAGGGAGAUCCUUUAAUAGUGCUGGCUGCAAAAGCCAAUCGAUGGGACAUGGUGCAACUGCUGUUGGAGAAAGGGGCGUCAGCGACGAAGUGCAAAGUCGAUGAAGAGUGCGCGUUGGUGUGGGCGUCGCAGGCCGGCCGGGCAGACGUCGUGCGAGAGCUCCUGCGUCGCGGGGCAACAAAGAAUGCUGAACAGAUUACUCAGGCGCUUACGAUGGCCAAGAGCGCCGCUGUAGUGUGGACCUUCGUGGACGUAGUGCCCCACGAAGUGCGAGGAAGGUCUGGAAAUUUUGGCUUGUUACAAGCUGCGUGUGGCGGGCGUUUGGAGCCUCUGGUGGCAUUUCUGGAAGCGGGCGUCAACGUUAACGUGACAGAUGGCAAUAAUGGCACUGCUCUCUACUUUGCAGCCGAUCGCGGACACCAAGAAUGCGUGAGGGAGCUUGUGCAACGAGGAGCAGAUGUCAAUGGGAAGCAUAGUACAGGAUUCACGCCUCUCCAUAGAGCUUCUUUGAACGGCCACGUGGAGUGCGUGCGCGCUCUGUUGGAAGCCGGAGCAAGCACCACGGAGAGGAACAAUGAGGGAAAGACUCCCCUUGAAGUUGCUGGUUCGGAUAACAGUGAUACGAUGGCAGAACGUACUCAUAUUGAAGAAAAGGCCAAUUUGACGGUGGCGUUUGCCCGAUUGGACGAAAUGGAAUCCAGAAUGACUCGCCUAGAAGAAUCCGUCGGUAGAGCAGUUGGGACCCUAAUGCCAAAAGUGGAUGCCUUGCUGUCUGGAAGGACAGCAGACUCAUCCGAAUCCGAAUCUUGUACUUCGAUAACUUCUACCGUUCCCACAUCUAUAAUUAAUUUGGCGGAACACGGGGACGCAGAAGCUCUGCUGGAGUUACUAACAGUUGAGCAAGUUGAUUUUCAAAGUUCUACACAACUUACGGAAAAUGGAGAUACUGCGCUGCAUGUGGCUGCAAGUGGAGGACACGUGAAAGCCGUGGUGGUUCUUCUGGGCUCUGGGGCGAAGGUUAACGCUUCCGGUUACCGGCUGCGCACGCCGCUGCACUGCGCCGCCGCCCACGGCCACCUGGCGGUCGCCCAGCGCCUCCUGUUGGCCGGGGCGCAGGUCGAUGCCAAAGACGCGGACGGCCACACGCCCCUAGGCCUCGCCGCAGGGCAGGGCAACAAGAACCUGGUGGUGCUGCUUCUGCAGAAGGGAGCGAAACCAAAUGAAAAAGACGUUUCCGUGGCUGGAGGAAAUGGUUAUUGGGAUUCGGUGGAAUUGUUUCUGCAGAACGAAGAAUUGUUCGUUGAUUUGUGUAAUAAAGAGGGAGAUCCUUUAAUAGUGCUGGCUGCAAAAGCCAAUCGAUGGGACAUGGUGCAACUGCUGUUGGAGAAAGGGGCGUCAGCGACGAAGUGCAAAGUCGAUGAAGAGUGCGCGUUGGUGUGGGCGUCGCAGGCCGGCCGGGCAGACGUCGUGCGAGAGCUCCUGCGUCGCGGGGCCACAAAGAAUGCUGAACAGAUGAAAUGGGCUCUUACGAAGGCCAAGAGCGCCGCUGUAGUGUGGACCUUCGUGGACGUGGUGCCCCACGAAGUGCGAGGAAGGAAUACCAAGAAACCAAAAAAUCAAGAGUUUAUGUUAAAAAAAAUCGUGAUAACGCAGAAACCAUAUUUUAUAUUUUUAAAACAGUUAUUUUCUACACAU